UCCACCGCUUCAGACAUCGUUCUUGUCGCCGACAGAUCUGAAUGAAUCGACUCACCGGUGAAGACCAUAUGGCGCAUCUUCCUCCGCCGCUCAACUUGCAAGCUGCUCCAUUUGAGGGCGGCAGUAGCUCUCCCGCCGCCGCCGCCGCCGCCGCCGUCAACAAGGACAGGAGGAUGCAAACGGCGGAGCAGCUGGUUCUCGAUAUAUGCAAUCCUGAUCUCAGGGAAAACGCACUCCUCGAACUCUCCAAGAAGAGAGAGCUGUUUCAAGAUUUAGCUCCAUUGCUGUGGCAUUCCUUCGGCACUAUUGCGGCCCUUCUCCAGGAAAUUGUCUACAUUUACCCGGUUUUAUCUCCUCCGAAUCUUAGUCCUGCACAGUCGAACAGAGUUUGCAAUGCACUUGCUUUACUUCAGUGUGUGGCGUCACAUCCAGAAACGAGAAUGCUAUUUCUAAAUGCCCACAUUCCUCUUUACUUGUAUCCUUUCCUUAAUACAACUAGCAAAUCGAGGCCAUUUGAGUACUUGAGGCUUACUAGUUUAGGUGUAAUUGGUGCUUUGGUCAAGGUUGAUGACACCGAGGUUAUCGGCUUUCUUCUAUCUACUGAGAUCAUUCCAUUGUGCUUACGCACGAUGGAGAUGGGAAGUGAAUUAUCAAAGACAGUGGCAACAUUUAUCGUGCAGAAGAUACUACUUGAUGAUGUGGGCUUGGAAUACAUCUGCACCACUGCUGAGCGAUUCCUUGCUGUUGGUAGAGUGCUUGGGAAUAUGGUUGCUGCUCUUGCAGAACAGCCAUCUUCCCGCCUGCUGAAACACAUAAUUAGAUGCUAUCUUCGACUGUCAGAUAAUCCGAGAGCCUGCGAUGCACUUAGAAGCUGCCUGCCUGAGAUGCUUAGAGAUGGAACUUUUAGCGCCUGUCUUCGUGAAGAUCCGACUACAAGAAGGUGGCUGCAGCAAUUGCUUCACAAUGUGCAGGUGCCGCGGGUUGGCCUGCCAGCUGGAGGUGGCUUUGAUCACAUGAUGGUCAAUUAAUUAUUUAUGAUUGCGGUAUGCUUUCAUAAAGAGUUUUUUGGCUUGUAGAUGUGUCCCGGCAUGCCUGUUUAGUUGUCUGUUGUAUAGUGAUCUCCCUUGUUGUUGGUUGCUAUAUAUAUGUGGUAUGUGCAAUAAAUUGUACAUUUGUGAGAUCAGAAGAAUUAGCAAUAAAUUGUCCUGUUGUAACAUUCAAAAGAUGAAAUACCAAAAGGUCUUACAAGGGAUUUUAAAAAUUUCUAUA